GAUCUGUUCAAUCGGGAUUAUGUUAUUAUGAACACAUACCAAAGAGAAGAGACACUGCGCUGAAGGCACAGAAAAAUACGUUUACCUUGGAGUGGGAUGUAUGACGGUUAACUUAGUCUUUCUCGGUGGGUAAUAGUAACUAGCCACCACAUGUGAGUGAAGUGCAGUUUACGCCAACAAUCUGUCUGUAUCCCCCGCAGCUAACGUUACGCCUCCCUCGCAGCGUUUGACAAGGCUGGUUUUUGUAGCCUACCUUGCUUGCCUUCAUUGUUCUUCGUGACAUUUUGCCAGCCGACAUAGGCUACCAUCAUGCCAUGCCGCCUACUAUCUACCGACACAAUACUGCCGAUGCGUUAUGCCCAGCGCUGCUCCAGUGACAAUUCGCGAUCCAGAGUGACAGUCUUGUAAAUGGCAUUUAUUUAGGGAGUUUUUUAAUGACUUCCGUACAGUCGUCAGGAUCGCCAUUGCAGGUUAACGUUAGGUCAGGCUUCAUUGAAAUAUUUGGUUUGUAGCUUACUCGUUUACAGAGAGAGCAAAUCAUGGACCUUUGUCUCAGUUUUAAUAAGGACGGACAUGCAGCUUUGCACAUGAUAAUGACGAACUAAAGGCAUUCUUUUGCGCACGAAGGAGCUCUCUUGUAAACGCAUUUGGUACCUGUCGACUGGAAGGGGACUGUAACGUUUGUUGGAUGUGUAUCGCUCUGCUGGGGGGUAGGGGCCCUAGCGAUUCCAAUGACUUGCCACUCAUCGGACUCCUCGGAUACCAUCGAAAAUAAUCGGAGAUCGGAAACUGAAAGCCGCGCCGUCGAGACUGACCAAAGUCGCGUGGCCUCCGCCAUGAGAGACCUGAAAAAUACAGGCUGGUACUGGGGCCGCCUCACCGCCAACGAGGCGAAGGAGAUCCUGGCGGACUCGCCCGAGGGCACCUUCCUGGUGCGGGACAGCUCCCAGCGCGACUACCUCUUCACCAUCUCCGCCAUGACCGCCGCCGGCCCCACCAACCUGCGCAUCGAGUACGCCGACGGCAAGUUCAAGCUGGACUCCGUGGUGCUGGUCAAGCCCAAGCUCAAGCAGUUCGACAGCGUCGUGCACCUGGUGGAGCACUACGUUAAGCUCUCGCGGACCUCCUGCAAGGGUCAAGGUCAGGGUCAAGGUCAGGGUCAAGGUCAGGGGUCGGGCGGCCCGGCGCCGCCGGGCUCCAACAGCAACAUGACGGUGCAGCUGCUGCUGACCAAGCCGGCGUACGCCGCCACGCCCUCGCUGCAGCACCUGUGCCGCGUCGCCAUCAACAGGACCACGCGGCAGGUGCGCGACCUCCCCCUGCCCAACCGGCUCAAGGACUACCUGACGGACUACACCUACCACGUCUGAGAGCGUGGCUCCCGUCGCAGCGGCGGCGGCGGCGUUGUCGUCGCCGUGAUGAUGAUCGUCGUGGCAACGUCCUCCCGGGCCCAGCGAUGGCGUGAGCGUCACCAUGGUUAUGCUUGCCCUGCCUGCAGCAGCUUUAGGGGUCUCCAUUCGUAAGUGGGGGCUCCCGUCCUCAGGCAUCGGGAGGCGGAGCAUUGCCAUGGUGACCUCCCAUCACGCACCCUUCUUGAGGACUACUUGAUGGACAUCCGCAACGUGUCCGAGGGGAGGGCUGGAAGGUCCCUCUGGAGGGUGUUUCACCCCGUCAAACCUAUUGUGAGACUACACCUUGUGGGGGCGCUCCCGUGCCCUGCCCAUGGUCAUCAGGUUAACAUACGGCCUGAGACAAAGAAAGACUGUGGUGGCCGUGUGUGUGUGUGUGUGUGUGUGUGUUUUAGUGUGUGUGAGUGUGUCACUGUUGCGCACCUUUUGUAGUGUUUUUACUACAUGAUGAACUGAACUGAACUGAACUGAGUUGACCUGAACUGCCCACCACAACUGCACUGCAAGAGGGCAUGUCUGGCCCCCAGUGCAGCGCGAGGGCCGGUUGAAGCACCUUUACAGUGAUGCUCAGAGUAUUCAGACAAACUCCGUCUGCUCGCGCUUCAUCCGACGCGGCCGGCGGAAACUGUGUAUACUUUUUUGCUAUUUCUGAAUCAUUUUGUUUCUGUUCGGUUUGGUUUUUUUUGAUGACCUGUUUUAUUUGCUCAUUGGUUUUUGUACUGUAAUCGGGUAACAAAGGGUCAUUGGGGGGGGGGGGGGGGGUUCUUCUGAUUUCCUGACGAAUGCUUUCUUGUACAUUA